UAGCAACUCUGGAGAUGCUCUCCGAAUCCUAUGAGGAUAUCCUAACAUAAAAGAGAAAUGCCAUUUUGUGAGAGGAGAGCUUGAGCUUGGAAGAAUGGCAUCGUAUGUGCCUGAGGAAGUGGUGAUGAAGAUCCUGUCGAUGCUGCCUCCAAAAUCUCUUACACGAUUCAAGUGUGUCUGCAAAAGGUGGAAAGCUCUCAUAGGAAACCCUGAUUUCCUCUCCAAAAACCUCCUCAAUCACUCCAUUCUCACCCAAAACCCCAGUCAUCCUCUCCGUCUUAUCCUCUUCUUUUCCCUAGACAACGUCUUCCCCGGAAAGGAAAUAUACUCUUUCCGCUCUUACGACUCCCUCCACUGCGCGUCUCAAACACCUCUAAAUCUCCCACCAGCACCACCACACGGUCCACUCCUUGACAUCGUCGCUUGCUGUAAUGGGUUGCUCUGUCUCUGGGACGUAAGCCUAAACGACAUCUUUAUCUGGAAUCCCGCCACGUCAAUGACGUCAUCAGACCUUAAGGUUCUCCCGGGCGGGCCUUCUCGCCGUUGCUUCAAUGAUUUUUUGAUCCGUGCUGUAGGGUUCGGUUUCGACUCGGGAUCCAACGACUUCAAGGUGGUCACAGUUGUAGACGCAUAUAGGGUCGGAUGGUUGGAAGCAGAAAUAUACAGCCGAAGAUCUGGAUCUUGGAGAUCGCUUGAUAUGACCGUUAACUCUGAGAUGCAAUUCGUUUCGCAGGGUUUAGCGUUGGAUGGGGGUUUUCUAUGGUAUAACGUAUACCCACACGAAGAUUUUGUGAAAGACAGAAUAGUUGCUUUUGACUUCAGCGAUGAGGAGUUCCGAGUAAUGCAGUUUCCGGAUGUUCGCCUUUUUUGUGGUUAUGGUGAAUACAAGCGGACUCUCACGGAGUUAAAGGGAUCUGUUGCUAUGUUUGUUUUUCCUCCUGAUGAAUUUCGGAAGAAAAAUACGUAUUUGGAUAUAUGGGUCAUGCUUGAAUUUGGUGUUAGGGAGUCGUGGACUAGACUUCUUAGCAUUCGACUCCCAUUGCAUUUGGAAAGACCAUUGGGGUUUUGGAAGAACGGGGAGCUGUUCAUUGAGAAUAGCGAGAGGCAACUGGUCUUGUAUGAUCUUUUGGCACAAACAGAGAGGAAUCUUCAGUUUGAAGGGUAUGGGGGAACGUUAAAAGUUGUAGAUUGCAAUUUUGUUCAGUUUGAAGCUCCCAUUUUAGCUUAUCUUUCUUCUGUCAUCGGGGAUAGUAGGAAUUAAGAAGAGUUCUGGGCGGGUAGGUUUGAUGCUAGCUUUGUUGCCUUGGCAUUUACUGAUUAAAGACAUCCUCGCAAAGGCGCCAUCUUUCUUCAGUAAAAACGUGACUUUCAUAGGCCUCUAGGUCUUUUAAUGGUGCUCUGCUUGAAAAUACAAUAAUUGAGUUUUUGAGACUCCGUUUUGUUAACAACAGGUACUGUUUCUGCCUUCACGGGUAAGGAUUAUCUGUGCUAUGAGUUUCUCUUCCUCGAUAGAGAAUCUCUUGUGCACCAAAAUCUUUGUUAAUAAGAGUCUUAGGAUUGGAUAGAUUGUAGAGAUAGGAACUCCUAUAUGUAGGGCGGGCUUUCAAGACAGAGAUGCAUUAUUAUGUAAAUUUGCUUUCUUGAGAUCCAUUUUGUUGAGUGAAGCUAGUUUGAUACGGAUCAAUUAGCAUCAUUUCCAAAGCCAGGGCACCAGAAUACCACAACCGGCCAUGUUAUGACCGGCAUCACUGGAAAAUGGAGAAAUCAUGCAGGAAAAAUAAAAUCAAAGCUUAUGGUUGAAUCAUCAGAUGAGCCUGUUGUGAUUGAUUGGAGAUUAAUUUGAGAUUAAUUUG